AGCAACUCUCCACGACCUCUCCGGCGUCCUCAUUGGUCACAGGUCGAGAUGAGGAGCAGGGGAAAUCAGCUGUGAAAGAUGUGAACAAGCCAAAGGAUCCGCCCGCUUGGACCCCGCUUGCCCUGCGUUGCUGGGUGUUUAUCGCGCUUGCGCUAUUGUUUGUCGCGUUGUUCGUCGUUAUUGAGGUGCUCUUUCAGUACUCGAAUCAAAACCAUGGUUUAAGGACGAAUAGCUCGACAAAUCAUUAUUUGUGGACAUAUGGCCCGACUGCUGUGUUUAUGCUCAUCUCUGCCAUCUGGAAUCAAAUCGAUCAUCGCACUAAGCAACUCGCCCCGUGGGCUGCCCUCCAUAGCAAGCCAGACAUCGCGCGGAAAAACUGUUCUGCUUGAUUAUAUAUCCCCUUGGAAUGUGGUUGCAAUGUUCAGGGCAGGGAGGAACUCCCACUGGCCCGUUGUGAUGGCCAUCAUCGGCACGCUGUUUCUGCAGCUGGUCGCAGUUGCUUCCACCGGUCUGUUGACAUUAGAGACG